AUGAAGCCCUCAGUUCUCAUCGUCCCUGGUGCUUGGCAGCUCCCCUCUGCCUUCCAGCCCUUCGCCACGGAGCUGGCCAGCGCCGACUUCAACACCUCCAUCGUUGCCCUCCCCACCGUCGGCGGCACCACCACCCCGCUCGCCUCUCUCUCCGACGAUGUUGCGGCCGUGCGCACUGAGCUCGAUAAGCUUGUUAGCGAUGGCAAGGAGGUUGUCAUCUACUCCCACUCCUACGGCGGUGUUGUUGCCAGCAACGCCGUCGAGGGCUACGACGUCGCCACCCGCACUGCCGCCGGCAGCACUGGUGGUGUCGUGAGCAUCGUCUACGCCAGCGCCUUCAUGCUUCCCAAGGGCUCCAGCUUGCUCGACCUCCUCGGCGGCACCCCCCUUCCUUGGAUGGUUGUUGAGGGUGACCGUGUCGUCGGCAACGCCACCAUGCUGCCCGAGGUUGGCUUCAACGAUCUCCCCGCCUCUGAGCAGGAGAAGUGGGCUUCCCAGAUGACCUGGACUGCCCUGGGUGCCUUCACCAACGCCUCCUCCUACGAGCCCUGGAGCAACGGCAUCGACUGCGCGUACCUUUACGCCACCCUCGACAACGCCCUGCCCCUCAGCUACCAGCAGGGCAUGUCUGCCGUCCUCCCUGCCGGCUCCAAGACCGAGUCUGAGCCCAGCGGCCACUGCGCUCACCUCUCUCGCCCUUCAAACGUGACCUCCAUCCUCAGCAGGUGGUACCCCGGCAACUAA